UGAAUUAUUCUAACAAUGCAGCAACAAUCACCACUGAAGAGCAAGGAAAUCUUGUUGAACCAAUUGUUGCGGAUGGCUGGCAUGGAGACAGGUGACCUGGAUGACAAGUGUCCACGAAAAUUGUCGUCGCAGCUGCGCGAGGAGGUGGCCGCCUCGUUAGUGAAAAACGGGGCGAACACAAGCUCCCCGUGCCCCAUGGCUGACGCUAUAUUCGACGCCCUGUACGGCCGCCUCUGGAUCCAGUCCAAGGUCAUCAGAUCCAACAAACUGGCUGAGCAGAUAUUUGAACUGAUCAAAAUGGACUACGAUGCCACCCUGGAUUUCUACACAAACCGGCGGGAGUCGACCCUGAGGAAGACCAUCUUCCUUGAGGAGGAUGAGGAGCUGCGCGAGCUGCAGGCGGCCGUGGAUGCCGCAGACGCCGAACUGUCCGAGCUGCGGAAGGGCCUAGAGAGCGUGCAGCAGCAAGAGAGGCUGGAGAUGGACGUGUGGCUGGCACAGUAUGGCGUCGAGCGACUGGUGCACACUGAGCGCAUCUCCGUGCUGCAGCGCAGGCAGCAGCGCAUCGACUCGAGGAUGCAGCAGCUUGACGAGGACAGGGACCUACUCAGCACCACUGCGGACCUCGUCGAAUGGCUCAGCACACUCUGAAUGCUUUCUUGUUGCUCUAUUUUCGCUAAAUAAUUAUUUCUUUUGGUGUUUCUCAGCAUCAGAAACUUAAAACUAAAUUCUGAUUUCAAAAAUUGAUGUCAUUAAACCCGACCAAAAACAGCAAAUUGCCUAAAAGACCCUUUUGGAAAAAGCAAAGACUGCGAAACGAAGCAAAGAUAAGUGUGAAAUGGCAAAUAGUUGAUACCUAUCUAACAUAUAUUUACUUCAAUGUUAAUUUUUUUAAGUUUGUUAGCAUGUUUGGAAAAGGAAAACAAAAAAAUUAUAGAGCUAUACAUAUUUAAAAGGUAAACAAAUGAUGCAAAAGUCCAUGUAUAGGUUCCAAUUCACUUUAUUUCAUCCCUCACAAAUCUAGUAACGAGAGAAAAAAAUACUUCUAUAUAGCCACUAGAUCACUUUUCUUAAAAACGUCUUUAAUAUAUCUGGAAUAAGUGCUAAUUUGGUAUUAUCAAAUAUUAUAUAUCAUAGCCAGAAGGUUGUUCCUCGUUCAUAUUGUAGGAGCAGUAGUCGGAUGAAAUAAAACACGACUCUACUACAGAUUUGAACUUGGUUUAUUUAACUGAACGAACAGAGACUGGCCUAAACGGAUGACCGAAGAGUACGUCGCGAAGUAGAGUUUAUUUGAUUCAUAUUUAUUGCUGUGCAUUACUAAUAAGGGUGAAAUUGAGUUUGUCUUUAUUGUCAGAGUUAAUUGUAAGUUUUAAUAUCAAUUAAUGGGGGACACAAUUAGUCAGUUAAUUAAGAUAGUUAAUUUAAGUACAUUUGGAGAGAGUUUCACCAGCAGAGAGGGAUAUGGGGGUAGAAACGAUUGAUCAUCUUUUCGUCAGGGUAACUUUUCUGCAUGAUAUGUAAACACCCUAAAAAUGGGGGAAAUAGGAGGAGUA